CCUAUAGUGUGGAUCCUAUUACUGGGACAGAGUGUGCCCAUCAGUGGGGGAGAACUGGCCCUGUCUGGGGAAGAUGGAGAUGGAGAGGGACCUUGGGGACAGCUCCACAGGGCCGAAUAUCACCAACAGCACAGGAACUCCAGACAGCGCUCUCCCUGUGGUGGUGUUCACAGACAGGAUGGUGGUGCUGGUGGUUAUCCUGGCGCUACUCACCCUCCUCACUGUGCUCGCCAACAGUGCUGUCAUCACAGCCAUCUGCACCACCAAGAAGCUCCACCUUCCCGCUAACUACCUCAUCUGCUCCCUGGCGUUCACCGACUUCCUGGUAGCUAUCCUGGUCAUGCCAAUCAGCAUCCUAUACAUUGCCACAGAGUACUGGUCGUUGGGCCAGGUGGUGUGUGAGGCCUGGCUGAGUGUGGACAUGACCUGCUGCACAUGCUCAAUCCUGCACCUGUGUGUCAUAGCGCUGGACCGCUACUGGGCUAUCACCAAGGCCAUCGAGUACGCCCGUAAGAGGUCGGCCCGCCGGGCAGCUGUCAUGGUGGGCAUCAUCUGGGUCAUCUCAGUCUUCAUAUCCAUUCCACCCCUCUUCUGGAGACACAGGCCCGGUAGCCACGGCCCAAAACAGUGCAUCAUAGAGCAUGACCACGUGGGCUACACUAUUUACUCCACCUUCGGGGCCUUUUACAUCCCCAUGACCCUUAUUCUCAUCUUGUACUAUAGGAUUUACAAUGCUGCUAAGACGCUCUAUCAGAAACGGGGCUCAUCGCGGCACUUGAGCAGCCGAAGCCAGACGAAGACUGAUAGCCAGAACUCUCUGAACCACUGCCGUAUGGCACACACCUUCUGCGUAUCGGACCUAUCCACCUCAGACCCCACUCUAGAGUUUGACAGGCUCAAUGCCACCAUCCGUAUCCCCUCAUUUGAGACAGAUAUGGACGGGUCAGAUGAGAGGAGCCAGAUCUGUACCUCCAGGGAGAGGAAGGCAGCACGUAUCCUGGGCCUCAUCCUCGGGGCUUUUAUCCUCUGCUGGCUGCCUUUCUUUCUGAAGGAGCUCCUUGUGGGCCUACAGGUCAUAACUGCCUCACCCCAGGUGUCAGACUUACUAACCUGGCUGGGCUACAUCAACUCACUUAUUAAUCCUCUACUUUACACCAGCUUCAAUGAGGAUUUUAAGUUGGCCUUUAAGAAACUGCUCAGACGAAAGGAGCAUGCAUAGAU